AUGAGCCGUUACGACGUUGUUGUCUACGGAGCAUCGGGCUUCACUGGAGCCUAUGUUGUCGAAUAUCUGGUGAAUUCUGAGCAAUUCGAAGGAUUAUCGUUCGCUGUAGCCGGAAGAAGCGAGAAGAAGCUUCGAGAAGUUUUGAGAAACGUUAGCCAGAAAACAGGAAAAGAUGUCUCCGGAGCUGCUGUGCUCAUCGCCGAUUCUUCCGACGAACGUUCGUUGAACGAAAUGGCACGACAAGCAAAAGUGGUCAUCAAUGCAGUUGGACCGUAUCGUCUCUACGGAGAAGGCGUGGUGAAAGCCGCUGUUGAGAAUGGCGCCAGCCACGUGGAUAUUUCUGGAGAGCCAGCGUGGAUUGAGAAAAUGCAGCAAAAGUAUGCGGAGGAGGCGAAGAAGCAGGGUGUCUACGUGGUUUCCGCAUGCGGUUGGGACUCGAUUCCAGCUGAUUUGGGUGUGAAUUUCUUGAAAAAGAAUUUCAACGGGGACCUGAACCACGUGGAAUCCUUCGUUCAAUUGCUCACAGGACCAUCUGGCUACUCGUUCAACGCUGGAACCUACCAGACGUUGAUUUUGGGCCUAAAUGGAGCGGCUACAGAUAAAUUGGGUGCUGUUAGAAAGCAAAUUAUGCCUGAGAAAAUUGUCAGAGGAGAGGUGAAAGUGCCAAAGCGGCCGACGCUCUGGGAGAUCAAAGAAAAGGAGCUGAAUGGUGUAGCUGUCCCAUUCCCAGGAGCCGACAAGUCUAUCAUUAAUCGCUCGCAAUACUACGAUGCAACCGUUCGUCACACACGCCCAAUUCACAUGGAGACCUACAUCCGACUCUCAUCCCAAUUCUACGGAUACCUCAUUGGUCUGUGGAUCAUGUUCCUUUCGAUCUUCAAGUACCCAUUCACUCGCCGCAUCCUUCAACAGUACCCCGAUCAGUGCAGUUUCUACAUGUUCAAGAACUCCGGGCCCACGACUGAGCAAAUGAAGGAGGCAUCGUUUGUGUACUGGUUCUUUGGUUAUGGAUACAAGGAGACGCUCCCGAUGGACCAACAGCAUCAGGGAAAACCGAAUCGAAAGGUGGUAGCCACGUGUAAGGGACCAGAUGCUGGAUAUAUUGCCACCAGUGGAUGCGUUUUGUCGGCUGCAUUGGCGCUGAUCAGAGAUAAGGACAACCUGCCAAAAGAAGGAGGAGUCUACACCACUGCCGCCGCCUUCGGUGACUCGAAAAUCUACGACUACUUGGCAUCGUUCGGCAUCACCUAUCAAUUGGAGUCCGAAUAUGACCUCUAA